UUAAAAACUCCGCUUGUUGUUGUUGUUGUUCUGUGGAAAGACCGCAGUCUGGGAGUUUAACGCCGCUCCGGCGGGUAGUUUACGCUUCAGUCCUUCGCCAUGGCCGUGUUCUGUUACCGGACGAGUUAGCCAGCAGUUAUUUAUUCAUAUAAGUCGCCGUUCGGUCCACUGGAAGAUGGUUUGUUUGCGCCGGUUUCUUCUCGGUUCGUUCCAGCUGUGUCUGCUGCUCCCCUUCGCCGCCUGUGCGUCCUUAAAAUGCCCCGGUUCGAAGCCCUGCUCGGACCGACCACCUGUAGUGCUGAUUCCAGGGGAUCUUGGGAACCAGCUGGAGGCGAAGCUGGACAAGCCUAGUGUUGUCCACUACAUCUGCUACAAGAAGACAGAUGAGUACUUCACGCUGUGGCUUAAUCUGGAGCUGCUGGUGCCCGUGGCCAUCGACUGCUGGAUUGAUAACAUGAGGCUGAUCUACAACAGCACCACCCAUAUGACGGAAGCUCCUCCAGGUGUGGAUGUCCGAGUGCCCGGCUUUGGCCAGACUUUCGGCCUAGAAUAUCUUGACCCAAGCAAACGUAGUGUGGGUAUUUAUUUCUUCACCAUAGUGCAGGCAAUGGUGGACUGGGGUUAUAUGAGAGAUGAAGAUGUCCGAGGAGCGCCGUAUGACUGGAGAAAAGCUCCAAAUGAGAAUAAGGACUACUUCUUGAAGUUGCAGCUGAUGAUUGAGGAAAUGGCGGAGAAGUAUGGGGGUCCGGUGGUCCUCAUAGCUCACAGCAUGGGCAACAUGUACACACUCUACUUCCUCAACCACCAGCCACAGGCCUGGAAGGACAAAUACAUCAAAGCAUUCGUGUCUCUGGGUCCACCGUGGGCAGGUGUGGCCAAGACUCUGAGGGUUAUUGCGAGCGGUGAUAAUAACCGUAUUCCAGUCAUAAGCCCGCUGAAGAUCCGUUCUCAGCAGCGCACAGCCGUCUCCACCGCCUGGCUGUUCCCAUACGCCCACACGUGGCCCAGUGACAUGGUUCUGGUGUCCACCCCCACCGCCAACUACACCAGCAAAGACUACCAGCGCUUCUUCAAGGACGUCGGCUUUGAGGAAGGCUGGGCGAUGCGCGAGGACACGGAGCCACUGGUGAGCGCGCUGGAGGCCCCGGGGGUGCCAGUGCACUGCCUAUAUGGGACCGGGAUACCCACAGCGCAGGGCUACAUCUACACCACGUUUCCAGACGCGGAGCCCAGCACUGUGCUGAACGGUGAGGGCGACGGAACAGUCAACAUGCUGAGCGCCAUCCAGUGUAAACGCUGGAAGGAGCAGCAGAAACAGCCGGUCCACCUGCUGGAGCUGCCGGGAAACGAACACGUGGCCAUGCUCCUCAACGUCACCACCGUCGCCUACAUAAAGUCUGUGCUCUUCUCACCCUGACACACACGUUAUUGUGUUAGCAACAGAAACUGCCCAGCUCUGACUUCCCCUUUAAUUUGGAGAAACGAUCAAGGAUUAUUUUCACUUUCCUGGCAGUGAAAGGCCUCCGUUCUGUUUUUACGUGUGAGGUUAACCACUUCUGACUCUCUGGGUUUAAGACGCUCGAGUGGGGAAAAUGUCUAGUUUUUUAUGGUCUCUGGUUGUGGAUUGGGAAUCUUGCCCGUCUCUGGUAGUGUAGGGAAAUUGGCAGAUUAGUCGCUUUCAUCUGGAAGAUGGAUUAUGAUGAUGACGAUCUAUAUAGAGUCCCGUUUAUAUUUGGGUUUUUAAAAAUCCUAAAUUAAGUUAUAAGUGUAUUGAUACUAUGACUUUUAGACCAAAUGUCAGUUUGUGCCAUUUAAAAUGUUUCGUUGACCCACUGAUAACAAGGUGCCUGUGAGUGAAAUGAAGAACCGAGGUGAAUCAUGGUGGUCUAUAUUUCAUUAUUAAUUUCACCCAAAAUCUGUUUUGAGCCUCUUCUGACCACUGUUAAAAGUGAGGUGUUACAUUUUGAAUGUUAGACGUUCCUGCACUUUCGUUUCCUCUGAAUCUGAUGAUGGCCUGGCCAGAUGCAGCACAGCUUUUACAGAUGCAGACUUGAAGGCUGGAGUGGAACUUGUUGCAAUUAAUGUGCAAUAAAUGCGUGACCUGUUUGAGACGAACUGGA